AUGACAAAGAGCCGAUCCAUCACGCUUAGCUCUACCACCAGCGGCCAUGCUUUGGAGGGCUCCGCAGAUGUCGCCAUCGUGAUCUGCCCUUUGGAAGUGACUCUAGAUAUCUUUGAUGCUUUCCCAGCAGGGAAAUCACAGAUCGGGGAAUUUAACCCGCCAUGGCCCGCUCCACUUUCCCCAAUUGACGGCCGAGCGACUAGUCCCCUCCGGGUUAGCGUCAAGGAUGUGCCCGCGGAGGAGUUCUCCUUCUACGGCCAUUUCCUCCCCGGUUGCCCAGAAAAGGACGGCCACAGCAUCAUGGAUCACAACAUCAACUUGCUUCGUCCAUCUAAAGCCGGUUCAAUGUUCGGCCUGGGAAUUCUGUUCCGCACCCGGUCGGCAUCCACAAGCCAGACACGGUCCGCCGGUCUUUACGUCUCGCCCCUCCCCCACCUUUUCCCCCCACUCCUCAUGUCGUUCCCCUCACCCCACUCCUCGAUUGAUAUAUACCCAUAAAUAUUUAGCAUGACCGACAUUUAGCAAACAUAACCGCAAAUCCCAUUGUUUUUGACGGAUUUGUUUCAUC